GCGCUCCCCGCACUGCUGAGAAGCGGAGCCUCCUUUUGCGGGUCCCACGUUUUGCUUGUUUCCCCGAACUACCGGUCCCCGCCCCAGCUCCCACUGGCUGGGCCAAUUGUGGUGUGGCUGUCGCCGUUUGUCGGAGGAGCCUUAAUCGGCCACCUGCCGCGUUCCACAGCCUUUUUGCAUCUCGGAUUUCGGGGCGGUUCCCUCCCCCAUCUUUCCCUGUUUCUUUGCACCCCGCUUUUUCUGCGUUUCGUUCGGGUUUUGUAGCCGUCUGGUUUGCACCCCUUUUUGUUUUGCUUCUAGGAGGUGUGUGGGGUGAAGGUGCCUUGGCAUCCCUUCCCCUGGUUAUCUUUCCCUGUUUUGACAGCCCCCCUUUCUAUCACAGUCGGGGGGGCCUAGCCUCGGCGCACCUCCGCUGCGCUGCCAUCAGACCACAGCGAGUGGCUGUGCACCCCGGAAUUUGCAGCAGCUGCAUAUCCGAGUGGAGUCUCCCUCGCCUCGCUCCUUGCGCGUUUCGGUGCGUGGAGGGCUUCAGCGCGCGACGCCCCCGCUUCUCCGCAGCCCCCCGCAGCUUGCCGGGACUCGCCCCGUGCCGCCAAGAUGGUCAUCCAGAAAGAGAAGAAGAGCUGCGGGCAGGUGGUUGAGGAGUGGAAGGAGUUCGUGUGGAACCCGCGGACGCACCAGUUCAUGGGGCGCACCGGGACCAGCUGGGCCUUCAUCCUCCUCUUCUACCUCGUCUUCUAUGGCUUCCUCACGGCCAUGUUCACCCUCACCAUGUGGGUGAUGCUGCAGACUGUCUCCGACCAUACUCCCAAGUACCAGGAUCGACUGGCCACACCAGGCUUGAUGAUUCGCCCCAAGACUGAGAACCUUGAUGUCAUUGUCAACAUCAGUGACACUGAAAGCUGGGAUCAGCAUGUUCAGAAGCUCAACAAGUUCUUAGAGCCUUACAACGAUUCCAUCCAAGCCCAAAAGAACGAUGUCUGCCGCCCUGGUCGAUACUAUGAGCAACCAGACAAUGGGGUUCUCAACUAUCCAAAACGGGCCUGCCAAUUCAACCGGACACAGCUGGGCAAUUGCUCUGGCAUUGGGGACCCUACCCACUACGGUUACAGCACUGGGCAGCCCUGUGUCUUCAUCAAAAUGAACCGGGUCAUCAACUUUUAUGCAGGGGCGAAUCAGAGUAUGAACGUUACCUGUGUUGGGAAGAGAGAUGAAGAUGCUGAGAAUCUUGGCCACUUCGUCAUGUUUCCUGCCAAUGGCAACAUUGACCUCAUGUACUUUCCCUACUAUGGCAAAAAGUUCCACGUGAACUAUACACAGCCCUUGGUGGCGGUGAAGUUCCUGAAUGUGACCCCCAACGUGGAGGUUAAUGUAGAAUGCCGCAUUAACGCUGCCAAUAUCGCCACAGAUGAUGAGCGAGACAAGUUUGCUGGCCGUGUCGCCUUCAAACUUCGAAUCAACAAAACCUGAGGCUCCCCCUCCCCCACUUUCCCUUGGAUGCUUCUGGAAUGUCCUUGACCCUGCCUGACCCCUCCCUCACCCCCAAAGGUAUUUUUUAUAACAGAGCUAUGACUUGUCUGAGCCUCACACCCCUUUUCUCAACUUCUCAACCUAGCCUGAUGUCCACACAAUUUCCAACAUCUCCCAACCUUAGCUUAGCCAGAGACAGAGAGAUGGGCUGCCAAGAGGGCCACAGAGGCGUUAGGGGUUUUCUAGUCAGUAGCGGAGCUGUUACUCAGUGCCCAGCAUGCACAAGGGCCUCAGCACUGUUGGAGUCUUUCUGUUUGAGUUGUUUAUGAGAUGUCUUUACAGCUCUUGCUUCCAUUUCUACUCCCAUCCCCUGAGAUCUGUAGAAAACGGCCCUGAACCCAGCCACCUAUACACUCACCCCCUCUCCACAUACCCUCACCUUUGCUCCCCAGAGGUGAAGGUUGUCCUCCCACCUUUACAACGCUCCAGCCACGUUUCUGCUCCCUCACACUCCUGCAUUGUAGCCAGUAUCUUGGUGGCUUUGACUUCUGGCUCUCCCGGGAGGCCUCUCCUUCCCCCAUUCUUAUCCCCUUGGAAAAGCCCAUUUGUAACUGACUACAACUUGGUUCUGUGGCCUUUUCCUUCCUUCCUGGUACAUCCCCCUUCUCCUCCAAUUAUGAGUCCAUGUUCUGGGAAAGGAGGACUGUAUGGGAAGUCUUUAAUUCUUCUAGAAAAUUCUCUAGUAGGCCUAGACUUUAAUUUCUUCCUAGUCCCCCCUGUCAUCCAAACAGCUCCUACACAGUCGGGCUUGACCUGGGCUGAAUAUUGAAUAUCCACUUUGUUUUUUAACUGUUGAUUCCCCCCCCCCCGCCUUCCCAGAAUAUCUUUCAAGUUCUACUUCCCAGGGAGCUCUGGGGGAGGGGCUGCUAGCUUGGCUCUCUCCCCAGUGGCCACCUUGGAAACGUCAGCUGGCUGGGGGGGACUCCCUGAGCCCAGAUCUGCCCACCCCCAUGCUCUCUGGCUGCUUCUUUCAAGUUACUAACUGGUCACUAACUUCUCUUUCUGCAUGCCAGCCUGAAAGUUUCAGAUACCCCCUCCGGCUCAGCUCCAAAUUUCUUGUUUCCAUUUCUUUCAGACUCUUUUGCCUUUAAAAAACAAACAAACAAACAACCCCUGUAAUGCCCCUAGAAUAUUAAAUAAGAGUCUCCUGAGUUUUCCUCAGCUGUGGAGGCGGUUUCCUCUGGCUUCUCUGCUUGUCUUUAUCCUUCCUAACCUACCCCUUCUUCGUUAACACUGAGGCCCCCACACCCCACACUCAAAUGGAUCCUCCCACUGGAUCUGUGUCCUCUCCAUUGAGUUCCUGGGUUUCCUGCUCCUUCAUCUUCCCAGUGGUCUCCCCUGCAGUUAUUUAAUGCCUGUGUCAGAUCUACUGUAAAAAGAGGAUAAAGUACAAUAAAAUGAGAGUGAUUAUAUAUAUAAAUAUAUAUCAUACACAGA